UGUAAACGGUUAGUCAGACUCUUGGAUCGGACUUGUCAAAAGUUGAAGUGAACUUCAUCGGAUGAAGUCGAGCCGGACAGGCGACGUGUAUCAAUCGUGAUUUGGGCGUGAGGCCGUCUUUUGGUCCUGCUGAUGGAAAAGGAAGUGGACAAGGGGGAUGAAUCCCUCGUGGACACUGCCAGCAGCGGGCCCCAGCCUUCGGUCGACUCGGCCGAGGACGCCGAAUCCAGCCUGAAGAACGUCUCGCACCACCCGAUCGUGCCGAGGACUGUCAACGGGACCGCCUCUCUGCAGAACAAAGGCGCGGUCCAAUGGAAUGGUCAGGGGCUUUUGGCGUACGCGGCAAAUUGCACAGUGUUUGUUGUCGACACCAAGACAGUUCAAGUUGUGCAGACAUUAGAGUUUCACAAGUCUGUUGUAAAAAAGAUCCUCUGGGUACCGUAUGUAGACGUGAGAAACGACUCCAGCCCGUUAAUACAGCUUAUUACAUCGGAUGCAUCUGGCCAUGUUGUCCACUGGGACAUAUCCCUUCCAACUGUACUCGGUGCAAUGCAAGACGGAAAUAAGCCUGUAAUUGGUUUGGAGUGGGUUCCUGGAUGCGAGAAUGAUUUGAUUGCGGCUGCCCUUCACUCGCCGUACUUUCUCAUAAUAUGGGAUGUUAAAAAGCAGACGAAGAUUUGGAAGAAAAAUUUCACCGAUUCACUUCUCAGCUUUAGCUUCGACCCUUUUGACCGGACGAAAAUAGCAUUCCUGUGCCCGGAUUGCGUUUUGUUCAUCGACGAUUUUCAAGUUGGAAAAAUACCAGCGUCAAAUGGUCGCAAGUUUUACAUAUCGCACCCUGAACCCUUGACCGAUGAUGUAAUUAAAGGGAGGGACAGAUUGAAAAAACUGAUGAAGGGCCUUGUAGUUGGUGAAACAAAGCCAAAAUCAGACGAAGCGAUGACUAUAUCAGAAUGUUUACAACUUUCAUAUCAUAAAUCAAUGAGGCAUCAUUUGCUUUUGUUGUACCCAAGAGACAUCCUUCUAAUCGAUCUUCAAAUCAACCAGAUGAUUGGCAUCAUCCCUGUUGAGAGAACCAUGCCUCCUUUGAUUCAGGUUUAUUCAGCCCGACAGAGAGAUGUUCUCUACUGCCUCCACGAAUCUGGAAGUGUAAGUGUCAAAAUCAGAAAGAAGAACCAUCAAGCCCUUUCAAAAUCACCUAUGGACGCGGCUGCCGAGAGUCCCAAAUUGGAUUUUGGCUCGUAUUCGACUGAGAUGUUUGUCUGUUAUGAAAACAAGUGCCAGAGUGAAAUAGUGAGGCAAAUGAAAAGCAACAAAGUCCUUGGGAUAUCUGUGAAUCCUUCUAGUGAAAAACACAUUGCACUCUUCUUAAGCUCUGGUAAGAUCAUUUUUCUUGAACUCGAACAAGCUUCUCCCAGGAACAACAACAUUUCAAGAACAAUCACCGAACUGAUCACUCCAAAAACCCCUGACAACUCGAACUUCCGUUUACUAUCCAUGGCAGUUCUUUCCAACAUAAACGGGAACAUAACGAUAAUCAAGAUGUGCCCUCCGAGGACCAACAAAAACAAAGACGAUCACAUACCAUUUUUAGCUGUGGGCACGACUACUGGUUAUGUUUACAUAUACAAUCUAUCUAUAGGGACCGUUCACAAAGAAUUCGCCUUGCAUAAUUAUCCAGUGAGAGGUCUCGCAUGGACGGAUCUCACCAGCCUGAUAACUUACGCAUACUCUGAUGGAAGAAAAGUUAAAAAUGAGCUGUUCCUGACAGACAUCUGUACUGGGUAUUCUAUUCCAUUUAGGACAGACAAGUCCAAUGAAAAUCCUAUCAAUCUAGUCAGGGUUUCCCCACUAAGUAAAUAUUUUGUGAUUGCGAUUAAUUCCGGACCGUUUGAAUUGUGGGAUCUAUCAACUUUGACUUUACUAAGGACGAUGACAAAAAAGUUUCCCACAGUCGUAGCUCUGGAAUGGUCACCAAUUUACAGCUCAAAAUCAGUCCAGGCGAAAAAGGAAGUAGAAACAAAUUCAGGUCUUCCUCAGGUAAAAGAACAUCUUGUUAUUUCUGACAAUGAAAGUCAGCUGUACCAUUUUGCCGUGAAUGCUGAUGGGAUCAAGGAUGGAAUCAAAAUACCAGCCGUUAAUUCCAUGCCGAUAAUAUCAAUUGCUUUUAAAUCGAAUCAGCUGGUCAGGGCAGACAUAGAGGGUGUUUUGAGAAUAUGGGACUUGAAAACACGCCAGGCUAAGAAUGUACCGAUGAACCGUGGUCCCAUCCGGUACAUUCGUUUCGCACCUGGCAAAUUCAACAUGAAGCUUCUUGUUUUCUUUUCCGAUGGUUUUGAGAUAAUCAAGAUAAUCGAUGACAAAUCUGCUAAUCCAAGCCAGAAAGUAGCGAGUUUCAAGUUGAGCAAGGACAGUCCGAAGAUAAUCGACGUGGACUGGGCAAACUCUGAGUUUCCCGUAGUUGCCAUGGAGGAUGGUUCCAUAAGAAUACUGGACACAUAUUUAAUUUCCUCAGCUUCGCAGACCUGGGCUUACAGGCAUAAAGAUGAAAUUUGCAGUCCGACAUUGUUCCCGCCAAAAAUCAUAAAAAGCAUGCAGUUCCUUCUGUGCCUUCAGCAAUGGAAGGAUCAGCCGAAUUAUGAAAGCUUCAACUUCUACGAAGGAAUCUCUUCAGAAUACAUUCCAAGAAUAAAUACAUUUUUGUCGUUGUUGGAUAUCGGUUCAGAUUUCCCAAAUCUCAACAUUGCUGAAAAGUGCUUAAGAUUAGCCAGGCUGCUCGGGGACAGGCAGGAAAUCGAUUUAUGGGCUGUUGCAUUGCAUUACUUACAAGUUUACGCUGCAAGAAAACUAAGUGAAAACAAACAGGAAAUGAAUAAAAAUGAAGAAAUGGCCAACGUUAAAAACAUCAAUGAAAUAAACAACAUCGAGCCUCUCGACACGUGCUUUGACUAUUUAAUGGAUUCAUAUUCAUACCAGUUGAGGCAGUUAGAAAGGGUGAGUCUUCACGAGUGGAAGCGAGGCGAUUAUAGAUACACACAGAAAGUCGUCGAGAAGUUGAUUUUGCUCGGAGAAACAGACCGGGCCGUCCAACUCCUCUUGGAAACAGACAUUGACAAUCCUAAUUAUUAUAGCGACGCCAUGAAAGCUUGCCUUGUAGCAACAAUCCAACAAACUGGAGCUGCUCAAAGUACCAUUAAAUUGGUUGCAACAAAUUUGAUCGCAAACGGGAAAGUUUGGGAAGGUGUUCAGCUGCUUUGCUUGAUCGGUAAAGGUCUCAUUGGUUGUAAAUAUUUGGUUUCGUACGGCAUGUGGGAUUCUGCUGUCUGGCUGGCCAAAUCAAUCCUUCCGCCUGCUGAAACUCUAGAAAUCAUGAGCAAGUUUUCUGAGCACCUUCUGACACAGGGUGACAGCUUUUCAGCUGUAUUGGUCCAACUAUCGCAGAUGCAGUUCGAGUUGGCUAUACAGAUCUCUUACAAUCAGCGCCGAAUGCCUCAGGCCUUCCUGCUCCUCAUGUCCUGCAUACAUUUUGGAGUGAAAAUAAACAAGGAUUUAAGAAUCGCCGUACAAAAAGCUUUCAUAGACAAUCUUAAGCUGAUAGGUUAUCGCGAAGUUGAAAAGGAAUUGGGAGAGAAACUGUUGAAAUGUGAUGAUGAAGAUAAUCCUCGAUGAUCAACUCUUCCCGAAGACGUUCCAAAAUGACAUGUGGAUUUCUUUAAAAAAAAUUAAACAUUCCAGUUGACAAGACUGUUGAUAGAAAAGCAUGAUUGUCGAAAAGCGAGUUUUAAGCUUGGAAGGUAUUAUUUAAUUUCAUAAAAGCUUUAUUUUUAUAGGCGCCUUUUUCCAUGCGUCGGCUAGUUACCAUUUGAUACCAUUUAUUUUCUUUUUAACAAUAAUUAAAUCCCCUGGCAAACAAUAUUUUAGAACUCGGAAAAUAGGAGAUUCAAUUUGUGAUAUUGUAGUUUUAAUUAGGGGGAGAAAAAAAAAAAAACGUUCCAAUUGGGGAGAAAGUUAAAAGUUAAAAUGAGGAGAUAUUUUUGUGCCGUGAUCAAUGUGCAAUUAUAUAUAUAUAAUAUAUAUGUGUGAGUUAUAUAAGAAUGAGUUAUAUAAGGCUAUUUCUAUUUAUGCUAAAUUUAUUUAUACAAGCAUUGUAUAUUGCAUUGUAUUAUUUUAUUAAAUACAAUUGUAUAUACUGGUCUUAUAAAUCA